UAUGUUGUUGUGUUCAUGUGACGCUUGGUGGGAGUCAGAGAGGUAGACGUCCGGGAUACACACACAAACACACACACACACACACACACACACACACACACACACACACACACACGGGUCUGAACGGGAUGCCCGCGUGACUGCAGGGAGGAAAGAGGCGACGGAGAGGUAGGAGGAGGGGGUCUAUAGGUGCGUGAGUGGACCACCACCGCAAAACCCCCGAGGUAACGUUGUGAAAGAUUGAAAACUGUGAAGAAACACCGACCCCGGCCCGGCAGCUAUUUUUGGUGCAGUUUGAAAAUCAAUGGAGGAUAUAUAUUUCCUGUUCAUGUCGAGGUAAUAAGUCUUCGCUUCCCGAACGCACCGAUGUGAUCUUGGGGCUUUGAUCUCCACGCCGUUGUUUCCCCUUUCUCCUUACGUGACGGGAUGAAGAGGAGCCAAGAGAAGGUCGGAGAGGGCACAUGUUCGGAUGUAGCUCCUCUGGGGUGGACACACGACGUGGCCGGCUCAUGUUAUCUCUUUUGAGAGGUGAAACGACGAGGGAUCAGCUGCUUUCCUUGGGAUGCUUUUUACGUCCUGCGGCCUGCUCGGGUCUGCAGUUACCGUAAUGCUAGUGACGCGAGGGGGCAGAAGAAGAAGAAGAGGGAGCAACGAGAAGCAUACCAGUAUAACAGUGAUUUCUAAUAUGUUUGUUUGUGGUCUAACCAGUGCGCAUGACUGAGCCAAAUAAUGCUGAGACUGCUUUCUCAAGGCUGUAGUGGGAAAAAUGGACAAUGUAUAGACUAAAACAAUCAUGGCUGAAACGUCAAAUGAGGUGAGUAAAGUGGCUGUGAGAGUGUAGUGGCUGCUCAAUUCUCCACUUUCUGCUGACAAAGUUCUUGGACUCCCUGACUGGACUACACCAUGGGGCAUUGCGGAGAACCUAUGGCACUUGCCAGUGGAGAGAUUGGUGCAUGAUUUUGAUAGAGUGGAGCCCUGAAGCCAGCAUUUAUGUCUCUCCCUUUUCUACUCUCCUGCACUUCUACCCACAUAGCUGAGCUUUGAUUUAUGAAGGAGGAGUAAGAGUGAUAUCUCGCCAAUCUUCCUCCACAAGCAUGCCUUCACCAUCCGACUCCAGUAGCGUGGCUUCAGCCUCAGGGUCUCGAGGAUGGUCCGACAGCCGCAGGGGCAUGUCUGGUCGGGCGCCUGGUGGGGCUCGCCUGCUCCUGUACCUGGGGCUUUGCCACCUGGGCCUGGGGGGCAUGGUCCUGGCCUUCUCUUUUACCAGCAUAGCCUUCACCUCCUCAGCCCGUGUUAGGCAGUCCUGUCCGUUCUGGGCUGGAUUCUUUGUGGUGGCGUCAGGGAUAGUUGGAAUCAUCUCAUGGAGGAGACCUCUUACACUGGUGGUGUCUCUGUUCAUGCUGCUGUCUGCAGUGUGUGUGAUCCUCAGUCUGGCAGGCUCUAUGCUCUCCUGUCAGAACGCACAGAUGGUCAAGUCCUUGCUCACCUGCCAGGUGGACAAUGGUCAUUGUGUCUGUUGUCCACCCUCACACUCCUGCUCCAUCACAGAAGAGGAGACCCUGGUCCUCUAUCUGAAUGCUAACUGUCACGGCAUCAGAAAGCAGCUAAAGGACCUUUUGUUCAGUGCAUGUGGUCUCAGCAUUCUCUCCACCAUCAUCUGUACUCUGUCCACUGUGACCUGCAGUAUUCACAUAUUCUCUCUGGACCUUGUGCACCUGCUGGCCCCACAUCGCUCUCGCUCGGUCAACCCAGAAUGCACCACUCCCCAGGACGCCUUUCUGACCAACAUCAUGGACUUUGAGGAGUUUGUACCACCCAUCCCUCCGCCCCCAUAUUAUCCUCCUGAGUACACCUGCAGCUCUGAAACAGAUGCUCAGAGCAUCACCUAUAAUGGGUCCAUGGAGAGUCCUGUCCCUCUCUACCCCACUGACUGCCCCCCUCCUUAUGAAGCUGUGAUGGGACAAAGAGCUGCGAGCCAGGCAACAAUGUAUGAUGCCCACGGCACUGAGCUGUCUGGAGAGAGAGGAACUUCUACUGCCUUCAGUGGAGAAGUUUCCAUGGACAGUGGCUCUCUUCUGAUGUCAGAGAUUGUGGACAUACCCGAUGAUUCGUCCCCGUCUGAGGACUCCUGUCUGAUGGAGGUUGGUCUGAGGAACCAGGGGGAGAGGGGAACCAGGAGUGCAGGUGAGGGGGGAGAUGGAGGAGAGAGCAGUGAGUACAUCAGCUUUCGAGGCCCGCCAUCUCAAACACCCGAGAGUCCACUGGCUGGAGGGCCGAGAGCCAGGCGCUUCGUCAGAGGGGAGAGGUCCAAUUCCUGCUCUUCCCCCAGCACUGCGACCACCACAUACAGGUCUCCAGUUUUACAUCGCCAGGCCAUGCUAGCUAGUAGCUGUUCCCAGCUGGAAGCUAUAGGAAACUCCACCUCUCAACAGCAUUCCUCUGUCACAGACACACAUGACCACUCCUCCUUUCCUUCACGCCAAGGAGCUGCACCGACCUCCUCUGCUCCUCCCAUUUCCCCUUCCGCUGCCCUUGAGCAAAUUGCUGGUCAGGGUAACAGGCCACAGUUCCUGGGCCAACUGUUGAACCUCCGACGAAGGGCUGCGAAAAGUGAAAAGGAUGGAGAAGGUUUAAGAAGGGAUAGCGAGGGGCUCCUACGUCUGGUGAGGUCACACAGUGAGCCAGGCUUUGGCUCCUCCACUGAUACAGUUGACUUUGGCUCUGGAGGAAGCAAAGCAUCUACAGACACAGGUCCGUCCUCUGAGGCAUGUUUGUUGCCGCGCACCUCUUUGCCUCCUGCAGCAGCUUUGCCAAGGAAAGGCAGCAUGAAAUCAGCAGCAGCCACCGGGGUACAGGUUCCCUCCAAACAGCCACCCACCUCACCUCUGCGUUUACCUAAAGAAUGCAACCGUUCUCUUGGAGACCUUAAGGUGACUCGAGUUUUGAUGGCUCGCCUCCUGCAGCGCUCCAGACGCAACCUCUCGCCCUCCUCUGAGCAUGCUGGGAACACAGGGCAGGGGCAGAAAAGGAGGUCUGGAGCUGAGGGUGCUGCCACCAACCAUCUGCCUUUGGAACAAGUUUUGCGGACCACUUGGAGCACCAGCCGAGGACCCCCCACCCAUCACUCUCAUCGCCGUGGACACCACCAUUCCCACAGUGACAGUCGCCACAACCGACAAUACAGCGGCCGGGCUCCAGAGGGGAUCCACCUGCGCAGCUGUGGGGAUUUAAGCUCCACCUCCUCUUUGUCGCUACGUAGAUUGGUGACACCUCAUCCUCCGCAUGGGUCAUCAGGAGCUCUCUACUUUGAGUCCGUGCUCUGAGGAGGAGAGGAGAGUAGAGUCCACAGAGUUGUAAUGAAGUUGAGGGUGGGAGGAAAUAAGGCAGGUGAAGAUACAAGGAAGAUCUAAGGCGGUUUAAGUGGAGACAUCCAGUACUGAAUCUUGAAUGACUUCCCUUCAUAUCCUCCAUAUCACCUGAAGCCAGCUGUGCAAAUGGCCUUAUUCAGUGGUGCUCUUUAUCACUCUGAACAUCAACCUCCGAUACUUUUCAGGAUCAGUGAAACGGUCACUGGAAGCUUUUUUCUUGACCGUGGCGUCCCUGUUUAAACAAAGUUAUUCAAAAACUGGCCGAGACAACAAAUCAGAGGCAUUUUUCUUUGCUGUAUUCUCAAGUCCCUCUCUCACACCUUGUCUAAAUAUGUAUUUUCCUCCAGGCUGGGGGGGAAAGUCAACGAGCAUUCAUGCUACAACAGCCACUGACUCACAUGUCUAUUCCAUAAUUAUGGAUCGCAAUAUGCGUUUGACCCUUUUUACAUUGCUAUCCAUCCACAGGAUCACUCAGGUCAAGUGAUCACAGAAAUCCUUAUUUUGUCUUCCAUUUAUUACAAAAUUGCGUCUCGAAAUAAAAAAUUAGUAAGAGGAGUACAAUCAAAGAUAAUCAGAUGUGGUUGCACAUGAGGACAACUGCUCCCACGUGCUAAGUCUUUUACUGAGUUGCUGAUUUUUUCCUUUGUUUUGCAAACUCAGAUUCAUACUUUCUCGACACCCUUCCACCUACACUUUGGCCUUCAAAGAAGAAGCAGCCUGCAUUUUUCACGUUAACCUUAACGCACGCCACAGAAACAUACUCAGCCUUUGAAAUAUAUUCUCUGAGGGUGGUGCUUGGACACAGUGGUUUGAUUUGCAGAUGUGCAUGUUUUUGCUACAGCCUCCCAAAUACAGCAGGAACCUUGUGCAUUCAAUCGUGACAGUCUGUGUAACUGAGUAACACAACCUCAGAAUGUCUUUAUCUGCAUGUUUUGACAAUGCUUCUGAAUUUUUUUCCUCUUGCACCCAAGACCUAUAAUGGUUGCCAUUUUAAAAUGUGUGUGAGUGUUAACAUAUAGCUGAAGGAGAAGGUCAGAAUCAAAGAUGGUGCAUUGCUCCUGAAGUUUCCUUCCAGAUGGCUCCAAACAUGCCUCAGCAUCUUGAUUUAAAUUUGAUAGGGUUUUGAAAGUGUUUAUAGUGCAUAGGUAUUUAAGUGACUCUGGUGAGAGCAGCCUGAUCUUGUAAGAUAAAGAGGAGUAAACUGCACUCUGAUCAUAUGAGGAGUCUGUUGCAAUAAAUGUACAGACAAUAUUUUAAUGACGUUUGUCUUCAAACUAUUUGGUGGCACACUUCUCUAUGGACCUGCAGGGCUUGUGGAUGGGUGCUGACAAUCCAGUGACGCUGAACCUAAGGGGUCAGACUGAUCAGGAUUCUUGAAUUUUAAAUGUUUCAAUAUUUGUGGCCAAUUGGAGUUUUUUUUGUCUUUGAAAGUUGUUUUUGGUGUGCUCACAAAGUGAUGAUAUUGACCCCAUAAGAGUAAUGGUACAUUUUGGAUACACUCAUAUUUAAUUAACCAAUUUUAAAAAUGUACAUAAUACACUAUUAGCCUGCACACAGAUACAGACACACAAAUACACUCCCCUAUAAAGGCACUGAGCUGUAUUUCUACCUCUCUUGUCUUGCGUGGAUUAUUAUUUAUUUGAGAAAAAAAUGUAUCUGUAUGACAGGAUAACCAGGAUAGAGCCUUGUUACCUGAAUAAUAAAUCUAUCUAAAUAUGACAACUAUUCCAAAACUGUAAUGCUGUUUUAAUGGCAAAGCUUUCAAUGCAAGUUAUGUAUUUCAAGAUAUGAAAUAAAUGAAAGACAUCAAAUAAAAAUA